UUGGCGCAUACCACGGUGGGGUCUUCGACUGGGGUGAAGUCGUAACAAGGUAGCCGUAGGGGAACCUGUGGCUGGAUUGAAUCCUUCGCGAUGGAAAUGCCCUCGCCUACUUGACUAAACUAAGGACCUCAACGGUAUAAACAUGUAGAUUUUCUACUUUUCCAUUUUCCUUCUUGUUUAUCAAUCACCAAUCAAGACAAACCGGGCACUACGGUGAGACGUGAAAACACCCGAUCCCAUUCCGACCUCGAUAUAUAUGUGGAAUCGUCUUGCGCCAUAUGUACUGAAAUUGUUCGGGAGACAUGGUCAAAGCCCGGAGAAAGAGCAAGAAAACUAAAGAAAGCGUUAGCGCAUUGGACUCGAAAUCCAAAUUGUGCUAGCUGACAAAGAAAAAACAGAAUAUAACAGAGAAAUAUUGGUUCUGGCUGGCAGCGGGCAUAGGACUGAAAAUCCUCUUUCGCCGGGCCUUUUGGACUCGAAAUCCAAACGGAGAGAGUGGUUCAAAUCCACCUCAGAACGAACAAUGAAAAAGGCGUCGAGCGGGUGCAAGCUCGAGGAGCUAGGAAGGAUGGAAGAAAGCUUGACCGUUUUUUCACUGAACUACUCGAACUUUUUGUUAGAAAAAGCGGAAAUAGCUCAGUUCGAGAGAGGGUUGAGCUUCAUCGGUUAGUGUGCACCAAAGGAUGAGGUUUCUUUCCCGUCCUACAAAUUGAAACCGUUCUAGCUUGAUACUGCGAUAUCGUCAAAUCAUCCAACGGAGCAUGGAAACCAUUUCGGUGGCGGUAAUGGCCUCCAGUAGUUUUCUAUGGAACCAUACCACUAUGGUCAUCUAUAUGAUUAGACCGUGCCGCUUCACUAGACUUUCCUGAACCAUCCAUUUGAUCCCCACGGUCGUGACACCACUUUCUAAACAAAAGUUUCCAAAAUCCAAUGCGGAACCAAGCAGUAAGAGAAAUUCAUCAUGGUAAUUAUUAGUCGAAAACCAAAGUGGAACGGAGAGAACGGAGAGUCAGUUACAAUGAAAAAAUUGUUGAGGAAUCAUGUUGAAAGAACAACAUUCUGUGUCAUAAAUAUCGUAUAUAGAGAUUUUUCAUGUAUCGACGCUUUUGAUUCAAUUAUGAAAGUACGCUGUACUGGACUUGCACCCCUAGUUACGCAGAAGUGCAAGCACAGAAGCGGAUGACCGGACCUUACCAACAUACUCAAAAAAGUAUUCUAUACUGGGGUCUGUGCUCUUGACAAGCAGUGUUUCCAGUCUAGCUGUGUCAAAUCGGGUGUGAAGUGUCCUUCUAGGUUCUGGCUGGUAGAGCAGAGGACUGAAAAUCCUCUUUAGUUUCACGCAUGGGACUCUAAAUCCCAAUUGCGCUAGCUCUGUGGUUCGAUUCCACAACAGAACGAACAAUGAAUGAAUGUGGGCGGUCAACCAGGUAAGCCUGUGCCCAGGAAAGAAAGGACUAGGGAGGGAUUGAGAGAAGCUUUCACAGUGGAAAAUGCAAAAAAGCAUAUCGUUCUUAGAAAUUGUGGAAUUUGACUCAGUUAGAGCUAUGGUUUAGCAUCAAGAGGGAAGUUUUGUAAAAGCAACAGGAAGAAUUGCUCAGAUACCCGUGAGCGUAUAUAACUUGGGUCGUGUUAUAAAUGCUCUGGCUAAACCUAUUGAUGGGAGAGGCGAAAUUGUAGCUUCGGAAUCUCGCUUAAUUGAAUCUCCUGCUCCGGGUAGAAUUUCCAGGCGUUCUGUAUAUGAACCCCUUCAAACAUUUAGAAUUGCUAUCGAUUCGAUGAUCCCUAUAGGGCGCGGUCAGCGAGAGUUCAUUAUUGGGGACAGACAGACUGGCAAAACAGCAGUAGCCACAGAUACAAUUCGAAAGAAAAAAGGGCAAGAUGUAAGAAGAACGAGAGCGAGCCUUCACGAAAGAAAAUGCAAGUGAAAGAGAAUUGUAAAAAUUUCCUAAAAGCGGUGGUUCUUUUCUUUAUGGAUCGGGUAGAUCCAUAUGUUCUGAGGGGGAGACGAGGUGUAGCGCAGUCUGGUCAGCGCAUCUGUUUUGGGUACAGAGGGCCAUAGGUUCGAAUCCUGUCACCUUGAUGUGGUAUUCACACAAUGGGGCCGAAGUGCAAAGCCCCGUAGCCUAUCCGUGGUCGGGAAGGCAGGCGAAAAGCGCGCACAAAAGAAAAAGAAAGCUAAAAAGCUUAUUUUGCAAUCCAUUAUCUUUGGUAUUCUUCUAUAUUUAUAUCAUAUUAUAUAGCUAUUUCACAGGUUUUAUUUACAUACCUCAGUCAUGUUAUUUGUCUAGCCUUCAAUCAGAAUAGCCUCUCCACCGGUUCCGAAGAUUCUUUCGGCAUCAAUGUGCUUUUGGAAUCUUCCUAUGAAACAAAUAACAUUCUGGAACAGUUUAGGACAGAACAGGCCUCAGUAGAAAGCGAGCUUUUUUCGCGUAUAGCCACCUCGAAGCCCAAUUAGCGCACGGGCUGCCCCCUCAACUCAACCCUGACGAGUACGCAAACUUGGUCAGGGAGCAUUUAGACGGUGCAGUUAGUAUUGACCACUACCGCCAAGUCCAUAAUUCACAAAUUGAUGAAGUCCACAUAAUGGAGCUCAAAAGCCGAUUACCAAAUCUACUUUUUUAGCAUCUUGAAACCGCACAUAAGAAAUAUUAUGAAUGAAUCACCUUACAAUAACAUACGAGAGACAGCUUUCUAUUUUGUCGAACAACAAGUCGAACCCAAUGAACAAUUCCAUUCAAAGGAAUGUUCUAGAGUUUUUUCCACUAUAUUCGCGAUAUUUAACAAAAUGGAAUGGAAUAAAUUCUUCACGAUUUCUAGAGUUCCGGGAUUACUUCACUGAUAUCGAUUUUCGCCUAAGCACGGCCUCUAGGUUAGUUCAAAGUGUAAUACAACGAACUAUCGAUACACCGAAAACGAGUCAAGAUGGAUACAUAAAAUGGAGACAUCGUGGAUUACCCAAAUUGGGACGACGAUAGGACAUUUCACUUUCUUUCGCAAUAUUUCUGAUCAUGACUCAACCACUAGGAAAGGGGAUUGCUUACUCUCAGCCACGUUUUCGCUUAUGCUUAGUCAAGUGAGGAUUCCAUUCGAAGUAACGUAACAGGAGCACCAUCUUCAAAACUUCUCGGGAUCCGGAGUUUUUCGAUAAAAGGUCCCAUCCUUCAAUAUCAUGAUUGGGUCAACCAGGCCAGAUCAUAAGUGAAAUAGUUUGAUCGGGUCGACCAGGUCAGGCCCGAUCAUGAGUGAAUAGAAAAUCGAAAACGUACAUAGCUGUUCCAGCGGAAAUACUUUGUUUAAUUCUACCACUUCUACUAGGAGUAGCCUUUUUAGUGCUAGCUGAACGUAAAGUAAUGGCUUUUGUGCAACGUCGAAAGGGUCCUGAUGUAGUGGGAUCGUUCGGAUUGUUACAACCUCUAGCAGAUGGUUUGAAAUUGAUUCUAAAAGAACCUAUUUCACCAAGUAGUGCUAAUUUCUCCCUUUUUAGAAUGGCUCCAGUGGCUACAUUUAUGUUAAGUCUGGUCGCUUGGGCCGUUGUACCUUUUGAUUAUGGUAUGGUAUUGUCAGAUCCGAACAUAGGGCUACUUUAUUUGUUUGCCAUAUCUUCGCUAGGUGUUUAUGGAAUAAUUAUAGCAGGUUGGUCUAGUAAGACGGGGGGCGGCCGUUCGGUCGCCUAUGAUAUACGGACCAAUUGGUCAAAAAUGGGUUUGUGCCGCAGGUGUUGAACGAUCUACUCUACACAGGUGUGGGCUUACAGGGCUAGGGCUCAUAAACCCUUUCUUUCAUUCAUCAAGGGGUCGGUCACUUUUCCGGGCCGGGAUCGAGAAGUGGAAGUCAUAAAAAAGAGAUGUUUCUCUUCGCACCUCAUAUCAAGAGGAAAGGUAGCUUGUCAAGCUGGUCUCACUAUUGGAAAUUCUAGCUUUCUUUUUUUUUUUUCACCGGCUCUUCUUCUUUGUCAACGCUACUAAGGACCUGACGGUUCGCCUACUUGAUGGAUGAAAGAACAUGAGAAAGGGUUCUAAAAUAAAAGGCUAGAAAGUCUACUACAGUACAGUCAAAGUCAGCGGCUGAGUUUGCCUAGCCUCGCCUACUCAUUUUUGUAGGCGAGCGAGUUAGCGAAGAGGCUUAGGGAUAAGAGAGUGUCGGUGCGUACGUAGCCUUCAUUCUACUACGCUACACAAAGUCACUUAGCUCGACGUUAAUUAAGAGAGUAAAGGAGGAAUACCCUACAUAGAAGAACCACAGUUCGCUUACAAAGGUAUAACCUUUAGCUCCCCGGGGCUAAGCUGCUUCGCACCACUGAUAGUUAAUUAAGAUUCCAUUUCAAAGGCGCUACUUUGUUUCGCAAGCCUUUGUCAUUGUCAGUCAACUAAGGUUGGCCCUCGGCCCCCUGCGAAUCCGUAAAUCAGAGAGCAUGCCGCAAAAAAAAGGAUGGUCCCCUAUGCAUUUCAUUCUUUCCGGAACGCAAAGAAUUAAAGUACCUGACCCCCCAUCAUGGUGAACCUCUCCUUGUGAUCGGGAUGAGGUAGAUGCCUCCCAGCCGGGGGGGCGGAUCGAAUCGGAGUUUCCUUAGGUAGCCACCGACCUACAGUUCUCCUUAAACUUCUGUGCUUGGUGGAAAAGAAGCGAACAAAGGUACGCUCGCUUGCUGUCUUGUUCUCUGCCGCGGACUGGGAUCGCUCGCCAGCUAGGCCCUCUAGAAAAAAGUUGGAGCAACAUUGUAUGAGAACAUAUUACCCAUCUUCGGGGACAAGGGGCGGAACGACCUCUCGAUCUACUUACUGCAGCCCAGGACGGGCGUCGUCGUCUAGGCGUGACUUCUUGUUUUGAUCUCCCCUACGCCUAGGACGUUGUCUGGGCCAAGAGCCAUAGUUAGUUGCUGUUUCCAUUUGGUUCUUCUUUCUCGUUGUUGAUACCGGCAAGACCCAGCCAGAUGAUGAUGUCUGCUGGUUGGUAGUGAGAGGACUCUUAGUACCCGCAAAAAAGGGCGCUGGUGAAAAAAAACAAUCAUUUGAUUUAGUUUCUUGCUCUCCCUUAGCAGCGGGAAAGGAGUCUAUCUAUCUGCCUAGCUUUGGUAGAUUUCCCCCAACGCAAUUCAAAAACGGAAAUUCCACGAAUCCCUGAGGUGGAUAAGUCCGACGACUCAGCAGCAGUGCGGAAUUGAGUUUCUGGUCCGGUGGAUCUGAUCUAUAGUUAGGGGGCAAUACAUACCAAAAGGUUCGAA